AUGGACAUAUGGAUUGAGUGGUACCCACCUGAAAGAUACACAUCUCAGCAGCCAAGAACUUCAAUAAAAAUGUAUAUCCCAACUCCUUUUAUAAUCUUGAGUGCUUCUCGGUCAACGUCGGUGUCACUUCCAGUCUUGGAUGCUACCAGGAUGCCAGGGAAGAGGUAUGAAAUUCUCAACUUAGGAAGGAACAUACAACCUGUAAUGUGUCGAUCACUAACUAAUAAACAGGAGUCUGAUGUUGGAAAGAAGCAACGGCGGCUCUCCCUCGGCUAUGCCUGGAUGUUCGAGCUGUCAGUGUGGUACAGGAGCAGCAGCCACCAUCGCUGUCAAGUAGCUCCAGCAAUCACGUGCUCACUCUUGCUUCACAGACUAUGUAUGAAAAUUGGAGGUUUUAGGAUCUUUGGAAGUUUUUUGAGGCAUCACCCUUCUUGUCCGCAGCUAAAAGGUUUGACGCAGUACAGUGCGGGGGAGGCGGUGUCCUCUGCAGCUAGGUCUACUUGCUGGCGACCUCACCAUCACCAACCCAUCUACAGAUCCAGAAGCUCACGCAUGGAGGACAUGGACAUUGGUAUCGUCUGUGACGAGGGUUCCCCAGGAUCAAUAGCGUCAAGGACAGGAACGCCUGUGCCCAAUGAUAAUGACUACCUGAUAGUGAUUCCUUAUGCUCACAUCUUUGGCCUCAUGCUGCAAGCUCUAAAGCUUCCCCCUGCAACUUACCAACACAAAAUAUACCCAGGCGGAAAGAAUCGUGUGACAGUGACUUUCAUUUCUACUUUGGAAUUGCUAGAUGGUUCACUUGUCCCGAGUUCUAUACCAGGUGCAAUCUUAGAUAGCUAUGAAGAUGCAGAAGACAGUGCUGCUAUGGAGGCUAUUAGAUUCAUGGAGAAUGCAUAUGGCAAAGAAAUGAGGGGCUACCACUACACCCAUGUCAAGAGGCUAGAAAAUCAAGUGACGCACCUGGUCAAAUGGUUGACUUCAUCCAAUGAGACAAUCAAGAAGCUGCGCAAAACAUGCUACUACGCUGUCAGGUACAUGAACUCAUAUUCUGCCCGGAUAGAAAACACAACAGCUGCUCGCCACCUGAAAGGUCAGGACAACACCAAAGGAGUUAUGAAAACAGCUCUUGCAAGCAUCGAAGGACUGACGCAAAGGCUACGCUACAUUGCUAUGAAGUUUGAGCAGCGCCUUGAAGCAACCAGAAACAGUUUCUGGUAA